UAAAGCAAAGGCAGUUCUUAAUCCAGCAGCAUAACAGCCUACAGGUGUGUGUCUUAUUGUUCGCCUCAGACCGGAGCUUCUUAUACCAUGCUCUGCUUCAGACUCAGCACCACACUGUUGCUGGCAGCAACGUGUUUGCUCAUGACAGCAGUUGUCUCCACAGAGAGAGCUACCACCUGUGGCAGUGAAGGGAAUGUCCAGCGCCUGAGCUGUGAUGACGGCGUAAUCAGUGUGCAGACGGCAGUGUAUCAACGUGGAAAUGCUGUGACCUGCGUUAAGCUAAGACCUGGGGCAAUGCCCUUAAGACCGUGCACUCAAGCUGGCACAGUGGACGUCCUCAAGAAAAGGUGUGAUGGCAAGACGGAGUGUGAACUAAACAUCAACGUUUUUCAUACCUCUGAUCCCUGCUAUGGCAUCACCACAUACCUGGACGUCAACUACACCUGCAUCCAUUCAAUUCACCUUGUUGCCUGUGAGGGCUCUUUUGCACAACUCCAGUGUGAUCAAGGACAGGUUAUAUCUGUGACUUGUGCCCACUAUGGACGUAGUGACCAGACGACCUGCGUUUACCAACGGCCUCUCAAUCAAAUUCAAGAUAUCUCCUGCUCAAGCCCCACACCCCAAGUUGCUGACAGCUGUAAUGGGCAAAACAGCUGUACCAUCACAGUGAACAACUCAGUGUUUGGAGACCCCUGUGUCGGCACUUACAAGUACCUGAAGGUGGCUUACACAUGUAACUACCCUGGGACCUCUCUGCUUCCAUAGUUUACCUAUGGAAGCACACUGAAGUUUCAGUUGUAUCCCAAUAAAAAUGCAAUCAAUUUCA